AUGAUCAGCAGUAAUAUUUCAAAUCCUUACUCAGGAUCAUCAAAUAUUGUUGUUUCCUCUCCUCCAACAACAACCACCACUUCUAGUAAAAAUCAAAAAUUAUAUGAUGUAACUAUUUUCGGAGCAACAGGUUUUACCGGAACUCUCAUCACAAGAUACUUGAUUCAGAGAUUGAGUUCUCUUGUUGAGAGUGAUUCGGAUUUAAUGGUGAGUGGAAGAAGAUUUUGUAUUGCUGGUAGAAAUGAGAGUAGAUUGAAUGAACUUGUCAUGGCACACAAUAUUAAAAUGUCAGACAAGGGAAGAAAAGAUUUAAUAAUUGACGUUGCAGUGAUUAGUAAAGUCGAAAAGGGACCAAAGUUAUUAGAAUUGACAGGCAAUACAAAGGUUUUACUAAAUGUUGCUGGACCGUUUAUUGCUUGUGGUGGAUUGGAAAUUGUUGAUAGUUGUGUAGAGACUGGAACUGAUUAUUUGGACAUUACUGGUGAACCAGAAUAUGUACUUGAAUCUGCUCAAAAAUUCCACGACAAGGCACGUGAAAACAAUGUCAAGAUUAUUCACUGUUGUGGUUUUGAUAGUAUUCCUGCUGAUUUGGGAACAAACAUCUCCUUGUUUCAUGUAAAGAACAAAUUGGAAGAAUUGGGAAUUUCACAAACUGACAAGACAACAAUUGUGACAAAUGGGUAUUUGUCACUCAACUUGCCAGGUUUUGUGAGCUAUGGAACUUUUAAUACUCUUGUUACAUCAUUGGAAAAUUAUAGUGUUUUCAGUGGAAAGAAAACAAGUGAAAAAAUUGUACAAAAGACAAGUGACAAGAAGGGAUCAUAUAGUAAGAGAGGAACCCAAUAUCAUGCAGGAUUGCAAAACUAUAUUGUACCAUUUUCAACUUCAGAUCCACUCAUUGUUAGAAGAUCGAAUCACUUGAUUGGCUAUGAUACAUCCCUUUCUGAAAAUACUGAAAAUACUUUCGAGUAUAACAAUUACUUACAACUUUCCAACCGCUACUAUUUAUUCUUAAUGAUCAUCUUCUUCAUGAUCAUGUUCAUUUGUACAAGACUUUCAUUUGGAGCUAGGUUUUUAAGAUUCUUGUACUCUUUAAAGCCAAAUCCAACCCAAAAGGAAAGAGAUGAGAGUAGUUUUGAAUUUGUUUUUGAAACUUUUGGUAAGGUAACACCAGCAAACUCCACCGAUCCAGUCCUGUUCAAAUGUAAGACCAGAAUGUACAAUAAUAAUGAUCCAGGAUAUACAGAAACAGCAGUUUAUUGCUUAGAUAGUGCUCUCUUCUUGCUGAAUAAUUCAAAUGCUGCCAGGUCUAAUCCAGGUGUUUUGACUCCAAGUAGUGUAUUUGGUGUGGAGCAAUGUAAAGAGGAAUAUUUGAGAUGUUUAGGACAACAUACAACCUUAAAAUUCGAUUUUGUUGAAUUUGCUCAUGCCAAGGGAUCAGAAAACCCUAGCUUGAAAAAGGAAGUUGAAAAGUUCUUGAAACUUUAG